AUGUUUACCAUCAACAAUGCAUCGACCGUUGGUUCCAAGGCCGCCAUCUCACUUGUCCGUUAUGCAAGUCAAUAUAUGUUAAACGGCAAGGAAGCGCAACAGCAUCAUGAGGCUUUAGUCAGUUCUAAGGGUUAUUAA